CUCUAGAGUCGCAGACCAGCUCCCCGAAGAGCGCGUUCUCUCCCCCACCCCGUACUCCUCAACCCACCCACCUACUUCCUCCAGCUCCAUACACACACGAGCUCAGAGCUGCCAAAAAUUUCCACCCUCCGCCCCCCUCCCUAGCUAACUUCCUUCCAGCAUUUCCUGAGCUGGAUGAUCCUAGGAUUUGUAAGACAGGAAAAAAAGGAAGGCGUGAGGGCGGGCGAGAGAGACAGGAUGCUUGUUUUUCGUUCCACCGAAGCCGUCUGAAGGCAAGACCGCGCGCGGGGCAGAGGACCCACGGCAGCCCCCCCGUCUGUCUCCGCGCCCCUCGCCGCCGCCGCCGGCUUCCCCGCGCCCUCCGCCACUCCCGGGCUUCCAGAAGGCGGACCGGAGAGCUCGCCCUCUCUCCGAAGCGGAGGGAAAGACCCGAAGACACCGCGGGAGCCUGUGAAAGUCCCUGGGACUCCAAGUGAGGAAGUGACACUCCCAGCGAGCCGGCCCGCGGCUGCCAGCUCCGCACGGCCUGCGGCACCGCGGCCCUGGAGGAGCGCGCCGUGGAUUUCAGGCUCCCCGCCCGCGCCGGGCUCUGCGCCCCGCGGGGUCCAUGCGCGCCGCCCCGGGCCCAGGCUCUUCCGGACGCCCAUGCGGCCCCCCAGCGCCGCGCCGCAGCCGCUGAUCUAAGCCCCCCGGAGACCAUCGUAGGCGCGGUGCCAAGCAGAGGGGAGGGAGAGACGGAGGGGCAACCUCUUCGGGACUAACUCAUGAAGAACAAGGGUGCCAAGCAGAAGCUGAAACGAAAGGGAGCCGCCAGCGCCUUUGGCUGUGACCUGACGGAAUAUCUGGAAAGCUCAGGACAGGAUGUUCCAUAUGUAUUGAAGAGCUGUGCAGAAUUUAUAGAGACUCACGGCAUUGUGGAUGGAAUUUAUCGGCUUUCAGGAGUCACCUCAAACAUACAGCGGCUAAGGCAAGAGUUUGGCUCAGAUCAAUGUCCAGAUCUGACAAGGGAAGUGUACCUCCAGGACAUCCACUGUGUGGGCUCCCUCUGCAAGCUCUACUUUAGGGAGCUCCCCAAUCCCCUCCUGACUUAUGAGCUCUAUGAGAAAUUCACGGAGGCAGUGUCGCAUUGCCCGGAAGAAGGCCAACUGGCCCGAAUCCAAAAUGUUAUCCAGGAGCUACCCGCAUCCCAUUACAGGACCCUGGAAUACCUGAUUCGACACCUGGCACACAUCGCCUCCUUCAGCAGCAAGACCAACAUGCAUGCCAGGAACCUGGCCCUGGUGUGGGCGCCCAACCUCCUCAGGUCCAAAGAGAUUGAAGCCACUGGUUGCAAUGGAGAUGCAGCCUUCCUUGCAGUCCGGGUCCAGCAGGUGGUGAUUGAAUUCAUACUGAAUCACGUGGAUCAAAUCUUUAACAACGGUGCUCUGGGGUCUCUGGAGAACGAUGAAAACCGGCCCGUCAUGAAGAGCCUGACCUUGCCAGCCCUCUCCCUGCCCAUGAAGUUGGUGAGUCUGGAGGAAGCUCAGGCCCGGAGCCUGGCUACUAACCAUCCGGCUCGGAAGGAAAGGAGGGAGAAUAGCCUGCCUGAGAUUGUCCCUCCCAUGGGAACCCUCUUCCACACUGUCCUUGAGUUACCGGACAACAAAAGAAAGCUCUCCAGUAAAUCAAAGAAGUGGAAGUCAAUAUUUAACCUGGGACGUUCUGGAUCAGACUCCAAAUCAAAGCUGAGUAGAAAUGGGAGUGUGUUUGUGAGAGGACAGAGGCUCUCAGUGGAAAAGGCUACUAUCCGACCAGCUAAAAGCAUGGACUCACUGUGCUCAGUGCCCGUGGAAGGGAAAGAAGCCAAAGGAAAUUUCAAUCGAACAGUCACCACGGGUGGAUUUUUCAUUCCAGCAGCGAAAAUGCACACGGCUAGCACUGGCAGCUCAUGUGACCUCAGCAAGCAGGAGGGUGAAUGGAGCCAGGAGGGGAUGCCAGCAGGGGCAGAGGGGGGCUUUGAUGUGAGCAGUGACAGAAGCCAGCUCCAGGGCGCUCAGGCCCGGCCCCCACCCGAGCAGCUGAAGGUGUUCCGGCCCAUCGAGGAUCCUGAGAGUGAGCAGACAGCCCCGAAGAUGCUGGGCAUGUUCUACACCUCGAACGACAGCCCCAGCAAAUCUGUCUUCACCAGCAGCCUCUUCCAGAUGGAGCCCUCUCCCCGUCACCAGCGCAAGGCCCUGAACAUCUCCAAGCCCUUUGCUGUGUCCGUGCCACUCCGUGUAUCAGCUGUCAUCAGCACCAACAGCACCCCGUGCAGAACACCCCCAAAGGAGCUACAGUCUCUUUCCAGCCUGGAAGAGUUUUCUUUCCAGGGCUCGGAGAGUGGAGGUUGGCCUGAAGAAGAGAAGCCACUGGGAGCUGAGACUUCUACAGCAUCUAUACCCAAGAAGGUGGCCCUUGAGGAUGCGAAGCCAGGACCAGAUGCAGUGAGAACAGUGGAAUGCAGCAAAGGCCUUUCCACAGAGCCAGGCGCCCAACUAGAGAAGACGACCUCAGAAAUCUCCCUUGGCUCUCAACAGUCAAGUGAAUUAGAGAAGAAGCCUGAUGCAGAGAAGGCGAUGGAAGAGGGUGGAGAGACUGGCCAGGUGGAGUCCAGUGCUCUGCAGGAGAGCCCUGGGGCCAGAGCCGAAGCCGUGUUUCUCCAUGAGAUGGAUGAAGAUGAUCUGGCCAACGCCCUACUCUGGCCUGAGAUUCAACAAGAGCUGAAAAUUAUUGAAUCUGAGGAGGAACUCUCCUCGUUGCCACCGCCUGCCCUAAAGAUUAGCCCAGCUCAGCCGGUUCUUGAGUCUAGUCCAGGGCCAUUUGCUUCCCCAGAGCCCGCUGGGAACUUGCCUUGUGGCUCCGCCCCAGCUCAAGUCUCCGCCUCUCUGGGGGAGCGGGCUAAAGAUUCAACCAAUCAGAGCACACAGGGAGCUUCCACAGUAGCCAAUAGAGAAAAGUCAGAGGCAACCAGCCUCCUCCAUAGAUGUGAGCCUGAGAAGGGCCCGCGCCCAGAUCCCGCCAGCCUGACUCCUCUGGAAAUAGUUCCAUUUGAGAAGGUUUCUCUACAAGCAAGUGUGGAGGUGGGAGACCCAGGGAAUCGGUCUCCUCUGCUCCCGCCUGCUCCUCCUCCACCAACUCUUACGGAGGAAGCGCCUCGAGUCCAUCCAUUGAAAGGCGACCCAGAGAGAGAAGACUCAUCCAGGAAUUUGAGAACAAAUCCAUAUAUAGACCAACUCAAUUUCAAAGGCAGCCCUGGGAUUCCCAGUCUUUGUCAGGGAGACGAGGCUUCUCCAGAACAAAACGAAAAGCAAAAUUCAAAGAAUGCUUCUCCUGAGGAAAAAGACUCUAGCUUUCCCAGCCCAACCAGGGAGGUUCCAUCCCCACAAGGAGAGGGGGAUGUAACCCACUCAGUACAGGAGCCUUCAGACUGUGAUGAAGACGACACUGUGACAGAUAUUGCCCAGCAUGGCCUGGAGAUGGUGGAGCCCUUGGAGGAGCCCCAGUGGGUGACAAGUCCUCUUCACUCCCCGACCCUGAAAGAUGUACAAGAGGCCCAGAUGCAGAGUGCCCAGUGCCACCGAUUGGAGAAGAGGCUUUCCCAUCGGCCCAGCCUUCGCCAGAGCCACUCUCUAGACAGCAAAACCAUGGUUAAGAGCCAGUGGACUCUUGAGGGUCCCUCCUCCAGCAGCUGUGCUAAUCUUGAUGUAGAGAGGAAUUCUGACCCUCUGCAGCCCUUGGCACCCAGGAGAGAGAUUACUGGACGGGAUGAGAAAGCCAUGAGGUCCUUCCAAGAGUUCUCUGCCUUAAAAAGGACAGAGGCUCCUCCCAACCAGAAGGGACCAGGUGGUUGGCAGUCCAAAUCAGCAGAAACCAGCCCCAUCAACUUAGCAGAGGGAAAGGAACUGGGGACACACCUGGGGCACCAUAACUCUCAGAUUGAGCAAGGUAGUGUUCCUGAGCCAGAGAGCAGCAAGGAGAAGUCACCUGGUGUGCAGGACAGCACCUCACCUGGAGAGCAUCCCCCCAAGUUACAGCUGAAGAGUACUGAGUGUGGGCCCCCCAAAGGGAAAAAUAGGCCUUCUUCUCUCAACUUGGACUCUGCCAUUCCCAUUACUGACCUCUUCCAGUUUGAGAACGUGGCCUCAUUUGGUUCACCUGGAAUGCAGCUCUCUGAGCCAGGAGAUCCACAGGUCACAUGGAUGACCUCAUCUCACUGUAAAGUAGACCCCUGGAGGGUUUACUCCCAGGACUCUCAGGACCUGGACAUCAUUGCUCAUGCCCUGACAGGCCGCCGUAACUCAGCUCCCGUGAGUGUGUCAGCUGUGAGAACCUCCUUCAUGGUCAAAAUGUGCCAGGCCAGGGCAGUCCCAGUCAUCCCACCGAAGAUUCAGUACACUCAGAUCCCACAGCCCCUGCCCUCUCAGAGCUCAGAAGAGAGUAGGGUUCAGCCUCUGGAGAGGAGCAAGGAGGAACCUGGCUCAGCUGGUGGGACCUCUCAGAAACUUGCCAAAGAUGAUUCUUUCUCCUCCUCAGAAAGCCCAAAGGAAGAGAAACCAAAGCAAGAUACAGAAGCCAUCGAACCCUUGCCAAUAGAUGCCACCACAUGCCACAUGGGUGAGGAGCCCACCCUUUCUCCAGAACUGGGUUUGGCUCACCUGCUCUCCACCCAGGAUACAGUAGUGCAAUGUAGAAAGCGCACAUCAGAGACAGAGCCAUCUGGGGACAACCUUCUUUCUUCAAAAAUAGAGCGACCAUCAGGGGGUUCUAAGCCUUUCCACAGGUCAAGACCAGGAAGACCUCAGAGCCUAAUCUUAUUCAGUCCUCCUUUCCCCAUUAUGGACCAUCCACCCCCCUCAUCCACAGUGACAGAUUCCAAGGUCCUACUGUCCCCUAUCAGAAGUCCCACCCAGACAAUUUCCCCUGGCCUUCUUUGUGGGGAGUUGGCAGAAAACACAUGGGUCACACCAGAAGGGGUUACACUUAGGAAUAAAAUGACCAUCCCUAAGAAUGGCCAGAGACUAGAGACCUCAACCAGUUGUUUUUACCAGCCCCAGCGAAGAUCAGUGAUUCUGGAUGGAAGAAGUGGGAGGCAAAUAGAAUGACAUCAGCUCACCUGCUGGUGUCUGAAAAAAAUGCCAUGAUUCACCCGGAAGUUAUUACAGGAGUAACUUGCCUUUAUUCCAGGUAGAGGUUAUCCAAGUUCGGGCUUAUUUUGGCCUCUCCUCUUUCUUCAGCCUUUUGGCCAUUUAUUAAUUAGUCCAUUUGCCAGAAGAAAGGUCAAGGGAAGGACCAAGAGAUGAAAUUCAGAUAAGUCUAUAUGACCAGGCAGGGACAGGUCAGGUAAAGGAAAAGGAUGAAAUGCUGGUCUUCAGUGAGACUUGGGGCUUAUGAGUUGCAUCACUCCCCCAUCGCCAUUAGCUAUUACUGUUGAGAGCUGGAUGUGUUGAUGUGUUAAUUUGUUAUGAAAGAAAGAGAAAUCCUUUGCCUGUGUUGGAAAAUGUUGCUAUCGAGGUCUGAAGGCCUCCUAUUUACUUCAUGCUUUUUAAUGCUCUUUAAAGCAUGUGUUCUUUUAGACCAGUUUUCUGAUAAGCUUUGUAAAAGUGUACUAUCCAGAACAGAAGCAGAUUUGGAAAUGCAAACUAAUGUACACUUAGAUAUCCAAGUGAGUGAAUUUACCCAUGCUCCCUCCCUGGAAUCCCUGCAGACCUGUCCAAGAUGGCUCCAUAUACCAGCAUAGAAAAUCAGAAUCUAUAUUCACUGAGACUGGCACAAUCCAGGAAGACUUUCUGGCUUUAGCUUUUAUUCAUUUGGGAUUCCAACUGCCAUUAUCCUGCCCUCUGAUUUAUUAAUCCAGUAGCUGGGCAGGGUUACCUCAAUGAAAUGCGCUGAAUCUUCAUUUAGGUAUGCAGUAGUGAAAUGAAGUGAUCUGCUCUCCUUCCAGUAUCAGCCUCACCCAUAGGCGGAACUACACUCCAAACUUUAAAUGGUUAAAUCAGUGGGACGUUAGCAGAAAGCACCUCUAGUUCAGCUUCACUCUCCUUCCACACUAGGCUGGGACCAGAGUACUGGAGAAGGUAAGGGGGAGAGCCCCAGGAGAAGAGGGAAAUGCCCUUGCAGGGUGGCCAUCACUCCUGUUUGGUGAGAGCUGCCCUUCUUGAAAAUGUAUUUCAUUUUAACCAGGGGGUGCCUUCCUUUCUCCCUCCACUGCUCAAGAGCAAUAUGAGGCAGCCCUCUCCCUUCUAUAAUCCCCCUCACCCACUGCCCACCCCAGGCACUCCGACUUGCUCUUCUCCUGUCUGUAUGCAAGCAGAAGCAAUAAACCAAUCUAAUUUUA